CAGGGACAACUCAGCAAACAUCAGUAAUCGCAGUGUAUGCUGCUCACAGGAAAAGGCUGAAAGAAAGAAAGAAAGAAAGAAAAAACGACCACUAACUCAAUAACGAAAAGCAUUUAAAAUGUCUAUUUUCACAAAUAUCCUCCAAAACUCCUGUCGGAAGACGCUCCUACUAGAGCCGGAGAGUUUCCACAUGCUGUGCAAUGUCGCGAAUUUCCAUAGACUUCCGAAACUUUCUAGCCAGGCACCAGCGGCUGAGGAGAAGGUCUUGCCAGAGAUGCUAAUGCAGCCACAAGCCAGGCCGAAAGAAGGGCGAGUCAAGAGUUUGAAAGAGAUGCCCGGUCCGAAAACGUUUACUAACUUGGUUGAAUUUUUCUGGCGGGACGGGUUUAGCAGGAUUCAUGAAAUUCAGCAACAGCACACCAAGCAGUAUGGAAAGAUCUUUAAGUCUCAUUUUGGCCCCCAGUUUGUGGUGUCCAUUGCUGACAAAGACAUGGUGGCUCAGGUGCUGAGAGCUGAGAGCGAGGCGCCCCAGAGAGCCAACAUGGAGUCCUGGAAAGAGUAUCGUGACCUGAGGGGCAGGGCUACUGGCCUCAUUUCUGCCGAGGGCCAGGACUGGCUGAAGAUGCGCAGCGUCCUGAGGCAGAAGAUCAUGAAGCCCAAAGACGUGGCGGUGUUCUCCAGCGAUGUGAACGCAGUGGUGACAGACCUGAUCAAGAGGAUCCACAGCCUGCGGAGCCAGGCGGCUGACGGCAAGACCGUGAACAACAUCAACGAUCUGUACUUCAAAUACGCCAUGGAAGGAGUUGCCUCCAUACUGUACGAAGCCAGGCUGGGCUGCCUGCAGAGUGAAAUCCCCCAGCAGAGCCUGGAGUACAUUGCGGCCCUCCACCUGAUGUUCAGCAUGUUUAAGACCACCAUGUAUGCAGGGGCCAUCCCAAAGUGGCUCCGCAUAAUCAUCCCCAAACCCUGGAUCGAGUUCUGCAACUCUUGGGACGGACUUUUUAAAUUCAGUCAGAUUCACGUGGACAAAAAGCUGUCAGAGAUUCAGGCGCAGCUGGACGCUGGGGAAGAGGUGGAAGGAGGGUUGCUGACCCACUUGCUGGUCAGCAAGGAGAUGACUGUGGAGGAGAUCUAUGCCAAUAUGACAGAGAUGCUGCUGGCUGGAGUGGACACGACGUCCUUCACUCUGUCCUGGAGCAGCUAUCUCUUGGCCAGACACCCCCAGGUCCAGCAGGCUGUGUACGAUGAGGUGGUCCGUAAUCUGGGCCGCUACCAGGCUCCCAUCGCCGAGGACAUCUCCCAGCUGCCGUUGAUCCGAGGGGUCGUCAAGGAGACGCUCCGGCUCUUCCCAGUGCUGCCUGGCAAUGGAAGGGUAAUGCAUGAGGACAUGGUGGUGGGAGGAUACCUCAUUCCUAAAGGGACCCAGCUGGCCCUGUGUCACUACUCCACAUCGUACGAAGAUGAGUGCUUCCCAGCUGCAUUGGAAUUCCGUCCAGAGCGCUGGGUGCGCAAGGACAACAUGGAUCGAGUGGAUAACUUUGGAUCCAUCCCCUUCGGCUACGGAAUCAGGAGCUGCAUCGGCAAGAGGAUCGCAGAGCUGGAGCUACACCUGGCACUUGUGCAGAUGCUCCAGAAUUUCCGGAUUGACGUGUCUCCCCACUCCAAGCCUGUUCACGCCAAGACCCAUGGACUCCUCUCUCCAGCGGCUCCCAUCAACCUGAGGUUUGUCGACCGGGAGUAGUGGGGACGCAGCUGGUGUAUGGCCUGAAGAGGCUCACCUUUUCAUUAAAGAUUCACUUUAAAAAAAAAUAAUAAUAAUAAUUUGAAAGAAAUUUCCAGAAAUUGCACCUUAACAUGGACUUGAGAUGUUGGCCUCUUGUAAACUAAAGUGUUGAUAAAGCUGUGUAUUUAGCCUCUUCCUUUUUGAAAGUGUAGACACUUGCCAUUCAAAAUAAAAGCAGUUCAGAGUCUAAAGAAGAGCUCUCUCUCUCUCUCUUCCUAUUCCAGAUAUCUGAGGUCUUUUUUUCUGUAAAAUGUGGCUGUGGGUUGUCAGCAGCAACAUUUGUCUAAUAAUCUUUAAAAAUUAUUUAAAGGAGGCCCAUCAUUAGUAUUCCAGUAGUCCCUCAGUGAAAACACGCUUUUCUAUGUUGUGGACUGUAAGUUGCUGCAGCAAAGCAUCUACCCUGCCUUGAAUAAGCUAGCUUCUGAAAAAGCCUUUUUUGUAUAUAAUGUAAGUGCUUUCUUAAGCAGAUGUUUUGAGCUUUAUUUUUACUUUCUCCAUCAGUACAAACCAAUCAUCCUCUAGUGCCCCCUAUUGGCUAAAAUAUGUUACUGCACCCGUUGCAGCAUUUGUAUUAUCUAAUGGAGACCCAGGAGUGCAGUAUUAGUGUCAUAAAAUGAGUCUGUCUACUAUAUUGUAUUGUAUAAUAUUUAUGUAGUUAUUUUGUUUAAUAAAGUGUUUACUCUA